AUGGCAUCAGAACAUAAGGAUUGUGAUGGACGAAUACGAUGUCCUUGUGUGAGAUGUAUAAAUAGUAGGUUUGAAAAAAUAGAUAGGGUUAGAGCAUACGUAUUUGAUCGAGGUUUUAUGCAAGGAUAUGAUAAGUGGAUUUAUCACGGGGAGCCUGAGGAUGCCGUCGUUGAUGCAGCAGUUGCUGAUGUUGAAUCAGAGGAUGAAAUGAUUCCUAUUUUAGAAGACUUCUUUCCUUCGACAACUGAGGAACCACAAGGAGAAGAUGAACAACCAACCACAAACCCACAAUUUGAUGACUUAUUUGAGGAAAUUGAAGCUGAAUUGUAUCCCGGUUGUGAUUGGAUUUCAUCUCUUAACUUUUUAGCAAAGCUAUUGCAUUUAAAAGUUAGGGGAAAAAUUCCUAAUAACAUCUUUGAAGAAUUAUUGAAGCUUUUAAAGUUUGCGUUUCCGAAGGAAAAUAAUAUUCCAUCAACUUACUACGAGGCAAAAAAGAGAUUGAAGAAAUUAGGCUUGGGUUAUGAUAAUAUCGAUGUCUGUUUGUAUAAUUGCUGCUUAUUUUAUAAGGAGAAUGCAUCCAAGGAGGCUUGUCCAGUUUGCGGAACUAGUCGUUGGGUUACUUCCGAAAACGGGAAAAGAAAAAAAGUUCCUUGCAAAGUCAUGCGAUACUUUCCGUUGACACCUCGACUUAAAAGAUUAUAUAGUUCGAGGAUUACAGCGAAAAGCAUGAUAUGGCAUCAUACUGGAAAAUCAAAAGAUGAUGGGGUGUUGCGACACCCGGUCGAUGGUUUAGCUUGGAAAGACUUUGAUGCAAAACAUCCCGAGUUUGCAAGGGACCCAAGAAAUGUUCGACUUGGGUUAGGCUGGCGAUGGAUUUAA